AUGUUGGAUUCAAAUAAUGUGUUGGUUAGAUCUUAUAGGAUGGUAAGAGAUACUUUUCAGAAAAAUCCUCAAGUUGAUAUGAAACUACGACUUAUCAGGAGAAGGCAGCGAGAUGGAAGAACAUAUAACCUACCGACUGCUUCAGAGGUUGCCGCUUUAAUUGUCGGUGACAUUUGUGAAUCAAUUGAAAAGAGGUAUAUUGUUGUUGAAACAAAAACUGGAUUUCUACAACGUAUCAGUGAAUUGCAUCCUUCAUACCUUCCUCUUCAAUAUCCACUGCUAUUUCCAUAUGGAGAUGAUGGUUACAGUGUUGACAUUCUUCAUAGAGGUGUGUCAUUUACAACCAACAGCAAGCGGGCGAAAUGUACAAUGAGAGAAUAUUUCGCUUUUAGAAUUCAAGAUAGAGAUCAUUUGUUCUCCCUCAUUCUUAAUUCAAAAAGGUUGUUUCAACAGUUUCUGGUAGAUGCCUAUACUAUGAUGGAAACGGAGAGAUUGCAUUACAUACGUAGGCAAAAACAUGUUCUUAGAUGUGAGUCUUAUGAGAAUUUAUGUAAACAAAAAGCUUAA